AUGUCUGCCAUCAACAAGAUCGUGGCCACCAGCCCUUCCCACGCCAACCCAUCUGAGCUUGAGAACAGCAUCGCUACUGCUCUCUAUGACCUCGAGUCCAACACCCCAGACUUGAAGGCUGCUUUGAGACCUCUUCAAUUCUCUUCUGCUAAGGAGAUUGAAGUUGGCCACGGCAAGAAGGCUAUUGCCAUCUUUGUCCCCGUUCCUUCCCUCGUUGCUUUCCACAAGGUUCAACAACGUCUCACCCGUGAGCUCGAGAAGAAGUUCUCUGACCGUCACGUCUUGAUCCUUGCUGGUCGUCGUAUCCUUCCCCGCCCAAAGAGAUCCAACAGAUCCAGAACCUCCCUCACCCAAAAGCGUCCUCGUUCCAGAACUUUGACUGCCGUCCACGACGCUAUCCUUACCGAUAUCGUCUACCCAGUUGAGAUUGUCGGAAAGCGUCUCCGCACCAAGGAGGAUGGAAGCAAGAUCUUGAAGGUUAUCCUCGAUGAGAAGGAGAAGGGAGGUGUUGAUCACAGACUCGAUACCUACUCUGAUGUUUACAAGAGAUUGACUGGUCGUACCGUCACUUUCGAGUUCCCACAAGGAAGCUCCGCUGAAUACUAA